AUGCCCGCGAUCGUUGAGCCUCAUGAUGAGUUUAUGGGCGCUGUCCAACAGUUAAUCCCGGUGAUGCGUGAUGUCAGAAAUUCCGAACGUGCAGGUCAUCUCAUCCAGGCGCUGACGCAAGUCUCGAACGACCGACAAGCCGAGAUCGAGCGCAUAUGCAAUACCAAUCAUCAGGAAUUUAUCAGCUCCGUCAACCAGCUUCAACGCGUCCGGGAAGGUACCGUCACCUUGACCGCUGAGAUUAUGAGUCUCAGUCAGUCUAUCGAGGCUAGUACGGAGAAACUCGCGGAGCAAAAGAGAGCAUUGGUUGAUUCCAGGGGUGUCAGGCAGAACAUCGACGAUGCUACUCAAGCUUUGAAAGAUUGUCUCGAGGUUUUGCGGCUGGCAAACCAGGUACAUGACCUUCUUCAGGAGAAGAACCGCUACGCAGCACUCCGAGCUUUGGACGAGCUGCAGAAUGUUCAUCUCAGAGAAGUCACCCGCUACAUGAUUGCAGGCAUGAUUGAGCGCUCGGUACCGGCAACCCAGCGUCUGAUAUCUGAAGCUGUCAUGGCAGAUUUGAACACAUGGCUUUUCCGUAUUCGAGAGACAUCGCAGUUCUUGGGCGAGGUCGCAUUCUACCACACAGAGAUGCGGCGGACCAGGCACAAGAUGAGGUUUGAGGAGAAUCCAGAUCUCGGCAACUUCAAGCUCAACUCAGCAGUAGAGGCUGUUGCUGAUGAGAGCGAGGAGUUCGAUGUCCUGAACAACGAAGAGGUGCAGGUCGACUUCUCUCCUUUGUUCGAGGCCAUUCAUAUACAUGACGCUCUGGGCCAGAGCGAGAAAUUUCGUCAGGACUAUUCAGCGACCAGACGGAGGCAGAAGGAGCUGCUCUUGCCCGCGACUUUGGAUCUCUUGGAUGAAGACGCAGGCGAGUUGAGCACUUUGCUGGAGAGUAUUGCUGGAUUUGCCAUUGUCGAAAAAGCCACCAUGAUGAAAACAGAGAACUUGAGAACCUCAAGCGAUAGUGCUAUCACGCUUGUUAGCAAGUCCUUGCCAACCAUCGACAACGACGAAAAACUGUUGAAAAUUAAGGGUGUCAUCGCGCUUUUCGUCCAAACCAUGGGAAGCUGGGGCUAUUCUGUCGAUAGUCUCGACAAGCUGCUCCUCAAGAUUUUCGACAAGUACGCACAGCUGCUCAAGCAGAGAUUCAGCGAAGAUUUCCAGGAGGUGAGUGAUGCAGGCUUCUCGAGCCCGGUAGAGCGGCUCGUGUUGCGUACGCAGGCUUGCUUACUAUCACACGCAGNNAUCGUUUCGACAGACGACUACAUGCCCAUGCCUAUCAACAACCCUGACGAGUACGACAAGGUCAUCAACGUCAGUUGGUACACGCCAGAAAAGGAUCGCGAGCAGCAAAAGUAUGUGUUUUACGUACAAGACAGGCAAAAGUAUGAUGCUGAUUCGAGUAGCUUCCCCUGUGUUCUUCCUUUCUCACAAAUGUACCCGCUUUGUUGCAUCGACAUCCGGAACUUUCUAAACCAGAUCUAUCUGUUCUCGGACGAUCACUUUCAGAAUACCGCAGUCAUCGACGACACACUCAAAAGCAUUCUGACCAACCUCGAUCAUUUCGAGACAGCAUGCCGAGAGCUGCAAGACUUGCUCGCAGAAGCCCGUUCAUCAAGCAGCGCAGCUGGCCCAAUCGUGCUCGCCGCAACAGAAGAAUUUACGACAGCCAAAAAGGCAGCCGAGAAGCGCAUCUUUGAGCUCGUCAACAGCAAGAUUGACGACUUGAUCGAGACGGCAGAGUAUGAUUGGAGUUCUACUUAUGAGCCACCAGCUGCUUCGCCUUAUAUGCAGGAGCUGACACGCUAUUUGUCCGACGUCAUGUCUAGUGUGUUACUUGGACUGCCUGUGCAGAUCAAAGAGCUCAUUUACUUUGACGCCCUCGGACAUAUAAGUAAUGCCAUCCUUGCAUUACCGCUAGAUCCCUCUAUUCGUCGUCUCUCACCUCAGAGCGUCACGGCUUUCCAGCUCGACACUCAGCACUUGAUCGAGUUUGUCCGCAGCCUUGACAACCCGGUGCUUAUGGAGGGUCUUGAUGAGCUGCACCAGACAGUCGAUCUCAUGGCCGUGGCCAAAGAAGGCGAAGGACGCGCAGAGGAAGAAUUCUUCGACGUCGAGAAGGGACGCAAGAGAUUCGGCAAGGUGGACAAGAUGAACGGAGCCGAGUUGCUAGAGAAGGUCAGCCAGGGAGUUGAGGCGCAAAAGGCAGCUGCAGUUGCUCAGGCUGCCAGUCCGGUGGAAAAGAAGUCGACCAUGAACUUCCCAGCCUUUGCGAGCAGGUUCAAGAAGGAUACCUCAUAG